AUGGAGUUGUAUGUUUAUAUAUUUGAUUGCUAUGUGUACACUGUUUAUGUAUUUUCAGUGAACGAAGGUUUGGUGGGUGAUUCAUUAAGUACAGAUCAAGGAGAUUUAAACAUUGAUGGAUCUUCUUCCAUUCCAGUUGAUGAAGAUUUGGUUGGUGUUGUAGUAAGUAAUGGUGAUGAAGCUUUUGAUUUGUAUAAUGAACAUGCAUAUAGAGUUGGUUUUAGUGUGAGGAAGGGUAAACAACGUUACAAGGCAUCUACCAAGACAAUUCAAAUGAAGAGGUUUUACUGUUCUAAGGCUGGUUUUAAGUGUAAGGCAGAUGGUGGUGUUAAGCUUUAUUCAAAAAUUGAUACAAGGACAGGGUGUGGUGCAUUUGUUCAGUUUGAUGUGGGGGGUGAUGGAUUGUGGACAGUUGCAAAACAUAUGAAGGUGCACAACCAUGAGCUAUGUGAUUUAGAUAAGAGUCAUCUACUUCGUUCACAUAGGAGAGUGGGAAGUAACCAGCUUUCAUGUUUAAAAGAUUUGAAGCAGAGUGGAGUUGGGGUGGCAGGGGGUAUUAGGUUUUUGAAACACCAAUCAGGCGGGUCUCCAUUGGUUGGUUUCACUAGUCGUGAUGCUUAUAAUUCGUUGGCUUUUGACACAGUUAAGAGUUUAGAUGGAACUGAUUCAAAUUCGUUGAUUGAAAUAUUUAGGAGGAGGCAGUCUAAUGAGUCUGACUUUUUUUUCGAUUUUGAAGUUGAUUCUGACUCAAGACUGUGGAUGAAUCAUCAUUGUAUGAAUGUAAUGUUUGGUUGUGAGUUUUUGAAGAACGAGAGGAUAGAAUCCUUUGUGUGGUUGUUUAAAGCCUUUUUAAGAUCUAUGGAUGACAAGUGUCCACAAUCGAUUAUGACGGAUCAAUGUGCAGCCAUGGCUGCUGCUAUUUCUAUAGUUUUUCCAUCAUCACGCCAUCGUCUUUGCAUAUGGCAUAUUGACACUGAAGCUGAAUUUGAAUUCUAUUGGACUAGGAUGGUGACUGAAUUUAAGUGUCACAAGAAUACAUGGCUAGGGAAGCUUUAUGAUUGUAGGGAGAAGUGGUGUCCAGCUUUCAAUAAGGAUUAUUUUUCUGGGGGUAUUCUAUCUUCACAAAGGAGUGAAACCACUAAUCAUUCAAUUUCUAGAAGGCUGUCUAAGACUGCUGGUUUGUGUGAUUUCUACUCAUCGUUUGUUAGUGUUAUUUCUGAGUGGAGAAGUAAAGAAAAUGGUGAAGACUUUCGAUGUGCUCAAGGUGUACCUGCCAUGAUGAUUGACAAUGUGAAACUUCUUUCACAUGCUAGAGAGGUGUAUACAAUUGAAAUCUAUUUUCUGUUUGAGGAACAGUUAAUGAAAGGCAGUGCGUGCCACCAAGAGAUUGUGUUGAAUGAUGGGUGUCAAUAUAAGUAUCAUGUGUGGCGACCGGAUGUAGAUAUUAUAAGGCAUGAAGUUAGUUUUAAGCCAAUUAAUAUUGACAUUUCUUGCAGUUGCAAACUGUUUUCUGAAAUGGGAAUCCUCUGUUGUCAUUGUCUACGCAUACUUGAUAUAAACUGUGUUCCUAGUAUUCCGGACAAGUACAUUAUGAAAAGAUGGACCAAAAAGGUUGCAGCUCUUAGGAAUGUGAACUUUGAUUUACUGUCUUAUAAUGUUGGUGUUCCCCCUUCAAUUUGGGUUGUUGAGAUUAGUAGGAAGUUUCAAAAAUUGGUUGUUUCAAGUCAAGACAAUAGUGUAACUAGACAGUUUUGCGAUGAAGCUGUUGAGAAUGCAAAGAAAUUGAUUGAAGCUGAGAUUGGGGAAAUGAAUAUUGAAGGGUGUGGUGCUUCAUCUUCAAAUGGUAUUGUUCAAGAUCCUUCAAGCCGGAGAUUGAAAGGUGUGCGUAAUAAAAGGAGGAGUAGUAUUAUUGCAAAGAAGUACACUAUAGCAAGGGGAAGAAGGAGUGCUGCAAACAAGAUUGCUUCAAAUAUAAAGGGUGCCGUUCAAUCACUGGUUUUGGAAAAUAUAUCUGAGAUUGCUGGUGAUGGAUAUCUUGUACACCCAACUUCUAGUAGUUCACAGUUUGUUCGGUUUAAUAAGAGUUUAGAUGAGAAUGUAGUUGCAGACUGA